AACAUCGUAGCGAACACGGUGCUACUCAAGGCCCGGGAAGGUGGUGGUGGAAAUCGAAAAGGCAAGAGCAAGAAAUGGCGGCAGAUGCUUCAGUUCCCCCACAUCAGCCAGUGUGAAGAGCUUCGGCUCAGCCUCGAGCGUGACUACCACAGCCUGUGUGAGCGGCAGCCCAUCGGGCGCCUGCUGUUCCGUGAGUUCUGCGCCACGAGGCCUGAGCUGACCCGCUGCACUGCCUUCCUGGAUGGGGUGGCUGAGUACGAAGUGACCCCUGACGAGAAGCGGAAGGCAUGUGGGCGGCGGCUAAUGCAGAAUUUUCUGAGCCACACGGGUCCUGACCUCAUCCCUGAGGUUCCUCGGCAGCUGGUUACUAACUGCGCCCAGCGGCUGGAGCAGGGGCCCUGCAAAGACCUCUUCCAGGAGCUGACCCGGCUGACCCACGAGUACCUGAGCAUGGCCCCUUUUGCCGACUACCUCGACAGCAUCUACUUCAACCGAUUCCUGCAGUGGAAGUGGCUGGAAAGGCAGCCAGUGACCAAAAACACCUUCAGGCAGUACCGAGUCCUGGGCAAAGGUGGCUUUGGGGAGGUAUGUGCUUGCCAGGUGCGUGCAACAGGCAAGAUGUAUGCCUGCAAGAAGCUGGAGAAAAAGCGGAUCAAGAAGCGGAAAGGGGAGGCCAUGGCACUAAAUGAGAAGCAGAUCCUGGAGAAAGUGAACAGUAGGUUUGUAGUGAGCUUAGCCUAUGCCUAUGAGACCAAGGACGCACUGUGCCUCGUGCUGACACUGAUGAAUGGAGGCGACCUCAAGUUCCACAUCUACCACAUGGGCCAGGCUGGCUUUCCUGAAGCACGAGCUGUCUUCUACGCUGCUGAGAUCUGCUGUGGCCUAGAGGACCUGCACCGGGAGCGGAUUGUGUACAGGGACCUGAAGCCAGAGAACAUCCUACUGGAUGACCAUGGCCACAUCCGCAUCUCUGACCUGGGACUGGCUGUGCAUGUACCAGAAGGCCAGACCAUCAAAGGCCGGGUGGGCACCGUGGGCUACAUGGCUCCAGAGGUGGUAAAGAAUGAGCGGUACACAUUCAGCCCUGACUGGUGGGCAUUAGGCUGCCUCCUGUAUGAGAUGAUCGCAGGCCAGUCGCCCUUCCAGCAAAGGAAAAAGAAGAUCAAGCGGGAGGAGGUGGAACGGCUGGUGAAGGAAGUGCCUGAGGAGUAUUCUGAGCGCUUUUCCCCGCAGGCCCGCUCACUCUGCUCCCAGCUUCUCUGCAAAGACCCUGCGGAGCGCCUAGGGUGUCGUGGGGGUGGCGCUCGAGAGGUGAAGGAGCACCCCCUUUUCAAGAAACUGAACUUCAAGCGGCUGGGAGCUGGCAUGCUGGAACCGCCCUUUAAGCCUGAUCCCCAGGCUAUUUAUUGCAAGGAUGUUCUGGAUAUUGAACAAUUCUCUACAGUUAAAGGUGUGGAGCUGGAGCCCACCGACCAGGAUUUCUACCAGAAGUUUGCCACUGGCAGUGUGCCCAUCCCUUGGCAGAACGAGAUGGUAGAGACUGAGUGCUUCCAGGAGCUGAAUGUUUUUGGGCUGGAUGGCUCAGUUCCACCAGACCUGGACUGGAAAGGCCAGCCGCCUGCACCCCCCAAGAAAGGACUGCUGCAGAGACUCUUUAGUCGCCAGGAUUGCUGUGGGAACUGCAGCGACAGUGAGGAAGAACUCCCCACCCGCCUCUAGUCCCCAGCCUGAGGCCCCCACCGGCGAUUGGCGGUAGCAGCUACUCUGAACGCUGUUUACAGUUUUGCACAGUGGUCUUCCCCAUUGUCCACUCAAGUCGUGGCCUGGGGAACACAGCCGGAGCUGUCCCCAGUGUCCUCUGCCCCUCAGUCCCUGGCCUGGCUGAGUUUGGCAAGGACUGGGCCGUCCCUGGGACAAAGGUGCGUCCCUUCAGCUCUUCUCUGGAGCUCGGGGCUUUCUGUAUUUAUGUAUUUGUACGAGUGUCUAUCGCAACCAGAGCGCUCUUAAUUCCCACCCCAGACCGGCGCCCUGGCUUCCCCUCCUCUGUGCAGCCAGCCCUGGUCAGGAGAGCUAGGAGCUGGCAGAGGAGUUACUGCCAAAUGAGGCUUCUCAGGCCCAGCUCAGAUCGCCUGAGGCUGGGCCAGGCCACACCCUUGAGUCCCCAGCACUGCAUUGGCCACCACCAACCUCCAAAUGACAGUUGUGCCUGCCCCCACUGUCCUGGGCUCAGGCCACCACCAUUUCAGACCCAAUAUUGUCCCUUCAAGCACUUGUUAGACUGGAUCUGGGGCUUCAGUGUCCCCUAGGCCUGUGCCAAAGUGUGACCAGAGAUUGGGCUGACCAUGAGACCCAUCAGUCCACUGCCCAGGUUGUCCCAGAUGGGUCUUUCUCUGCCUUCCAGCUCCCAGGGCACUUUGUCUCUUAUGCUGGGCCCUGUCCUGAAGACACCUCUUCAGAAAUGCUCCAGCUCAGACCAUAGGAGGGUGUGGGGUGUCCUGGCCAAACCUCCAUCAUUCCAGAAUCUCUUCAUAACAACAGA